AUGGAAAGUAAUGUAUCAAUGAAGAUCCUAAAUGAUAAAAUUCAAGAGGACGACGUAGAUGACGAAUUUCAAGAGGACGACAUAGAUCUAGAUGAUGAAUUUCAAGAGGACGAUAUAGAUGAUGAAUUUCAAGAGGACGACGUAGAUGAAGAAUUUAUGGAUGAUGACAUAUCUAACGAAUUUCAAGAGGACGAUCUGAAUGAUUUACUCCUAGAAGACAAACUUUAG